AUGGGUGUUAAGCAAGGACCUCCUCGCAACGUCCAACAACAAGUCAGCAGAAUAGCCAACAGGAAGCUGCAAAUCCAGGCAGCUUGUAAGCAGGCUGGCAGGCAGAUGGACUUAAUCACCUCACAGAUGGACGAUUACAACACACACUACAUGGGGCUGCCCUUGAAGACCAUUAAGAAGCUAAAGCUGGCCUUAGCAACAAUACGAAAGGUUAUGGGCACAGCUCAGAAGACCCUUGUGACAUCUCUACUACCUUUGGUGUUUACCAUCUUCAUUAAGCAACAGGACACUCCCAUCGUCAAAGCCAACAAUCGCAACCUCACCUACCUUCUCCUUAUCUCUCUCUUUCUCUGUUUCCUCUGCUCCCUUCUGUUUAUUGGACAGCCCAAUAAGGCGACCUGCCUCCUUCGGCAAACAGCAUUUGGCAUCAUCUUCUCUGUUGCCAUUUCUUCUAUUUUGGCCAAAACCGUCACAGUGGUUAUAGUAUUCUUAGCCUCAAAGCCAGGAAACCUAUUCCACAAAUGGGUGGGGCAUAAGUUGGCCUAUUCUAUUAUCUGCUUCUGCUCCCUCUUUCAAGUAGGUAUUUGUGCCAUUUGGCUGGGCACGUCACCUCCGUUUCCAGAUUUGGACAUGGAGACGCUUCUAGGAGAAAUCAUAGUAGAAUGUCAUGAAGGCUCCAUUACCAUGUUCUACUGUGUCUUGAGCUACAUGGGCUUCUUGGCCCUUCUCAGCUUCACUGUGGCCUUCCUAGCCAGGAAGUUGCCAGAUAGUUUCAACGAAGCCAAGUUCAUCACUUUCA